AUGGCUGCUGCUUUCCUUUCUAAAUUCGCAAUGAUCUCGAUUUUCAUGGUCUUGGCUUGUUUAACCGUGCCAUCCUCCGGAAACUUCUACAGAGACGUGGACAUAUCAUGGGGUGAUGGGCGUGCCAAGAUACUCGAAGGCGGGCGGGGACUAUCUCUGUCGCUCGACCAAAACUCGGGUUCCGGAUUUCAAUCAAAGAACGAGUUUUUGUUCGGAAGAUUUGACAUUCAGCUCAAACUUGUACCCGGGAACUCUGCUGGCACUGUAACCACGUUCUUCUUGUCGUCUCAAGGGGAAGGACAUGACGAGAUAGACUUUGAGUUUUUGGGCAACUCGAGCGGUGAGCCUUAUACAGUGCACACGAACGUGUACUCGAAGGGCAAAGGAGACAAGGAACAACAGUUUCACCUUUGGUUCGAUCCUACUGCCGCAUUUCACACAUACUCGAUCGUCUGGAGUGCUCAGCGCAUAAUUUUCUUGGUGGACAACAGUCCCAUUAGAGUAUUCAACAACCAUGAACCGAGUGGGGUACCGUUCCCCAACAGCAAGCCGAUGAGAGUGUACUGCAGUUUGUGGAAUGCAGAUGAGUGGGCCACUCAAGGCGGCCGGGUGAAGACCGACUGGACAAACGCUCCUUUUGUGGCCUAUUACAGAAAUUUCAAGAUCCAAAGCGGUCCACAAUUUCAAGCUCAGGAGCUAGAUGUUAAUGGAAGAAAGAGACUGAGAUGGGUUCAGCAGAGGCACAUGGUCUACAACUAUUGUGCCGAUAAUCAGAGGUUUCCUCAAGGAGCUUCUAUUGAGUGCAAGCGCUCGAGGAUCUAA